UUUUUCUUCAGCCAUUAUACCAGAAAGUAUUUAUUGGGAAAGAGCUUGCUACGAUCAUUGGCCAUUGGUAAUACAAAACUUUUGGUCUGCAAUCAACAUGUUUCAAGUAUACCUACUUUCAUAAUGCAAUCCGCUCACAAAUCUACAUGGCUCUGUUUGAUAUUUUUCAGGGUUUCUUCAUGCCUCAAUUUAAAGGUUCGUGGAAAAGAUUAUACAUGGAGAAAUUUCUGCAGAGCUACAUAGAAAACACAUUUCCUAGCAAUAUUCACAUGAUCGAAUUCAAAGAACUAUUGGAAAUGCUCAAACCUUACAUAUUAUCACUAACAAUCGAACAAUUAUUAAUUUCUGAUGUGGAGGAAUGUCGAGAUGAGGAUGUUAUACAUAUUGAUAUGAAAUUUAUUCUGUCAUCAUUAUCGAAUUUGCGAGAUUUUAGCAUAGCUUGUGGUGUGAAAAAUUGCGACAUCGAGUUCUCAAAAAAUCUGUACGAAUUGACUGAAAAUGACUGUACAAGUAUAGGUAUUGGUUUACAAUGGACGAUUCGUCUUCAAAACUACAAAAUGCAUCGUUGCUAUUUAAAUCCAAUCAAGUUACAUAGCUUGUUAACCAACUGGGAACUUUUGUCGUGUUUACAAGUCGUUGAUUUCAUGUCUUGUGGUUUAGAUGACGAAUGCAUUUCCAUAUUGAGCGAAUUUCUCAUCAAACUGCCUUCGUUAGAACAGCUUUCAUUAGUGAAUAAUAAAAUAGGUCCAAACGGAGCUGUAUCUCUAGCUUCUUCGUUGGGAUAUUAUCGUUCGUUAAAAGUUCUCAACUUGAGACUGAAUUUUAUCCUGGAUGAUGGCGGUAUUGCUAUUUUUAAAGCAAUAUCGAAGCACAGCUGUGUUGAAAAAUUAAUUUUAGAAGGGUGCGAAUUAGGUAUCCGUACAAUUGAUAGUUUAUGCGAUUUGAUUGUAGUAAACAGUCAUAUUUUGGAGAUCGAUCUGAGUGUAAAUCAUUUACAUGAUAAAAAAACAGAUAGAAUUGCCCAAGCUGUUUGUAAAAACGAUACGUUGCAGAGGCUCGAUUUAAGAAUGAAUGACAUUUCGCCGACUCAAAUGAAAAGCAUAUCUGAAAAACUGACUGAAAAUCGAAGGAGUAAAAAUAAAUUUUAUUUCGAGUUUUGA